GACACACACACACACACACACACACACACACGCUCCCUCCCUCCGGCGCUCUACUCCGCGCCCGCCCGCCCGCUCGCCCGCCCGCCCGCCUCGCACGCACCGGCCUCGGCUCCCCGCGCCCGCCGCCGAGCGAAGCUGCGCUGGGAUCGGAGCAGCUCAUGGAGAAAGUGCCGGGCGACAUGGAGAUAGAGCGCAGGGAGAGGAACGAGGAGCUGUCCGAGGCGGAGAGGAAGGCGGUUCAGGCUACGUGGGCCCGGCUGUAUGCCAACUGCGAGGACGUGGGGGUGGCCAUCCUGGUGAGGUUCUUUGUGAACUUCCCGUCGGCCAAGCAGUACUUCAGCCAGUUUAAACACAUGGAGGAUCCCUUGGAGAUGGAGAGGAGUCCCCAGCUUCGGAAACAUGCCUGCCGGGUCAUGGGGGCCCUCAACACGGUCGUGGAGAACCUGCAUGACCCGGACAAGGUGUCCUCUGUGCUCGCACUGGUUGGCAAGGCCCACGCCCUCAAGCACAAGGUGGAACCUAUGUACUUUAAGAUUCUCUCUGGGGUCAUUCUGGACGUGAUCGCCGAGGAGUUUGCCAACGACUUCCCCGUCGAGACGCAGAAAGCCUGGACCAAGCUGCGCGGUCUCAUCUACAGCCAUGUGACCGCGGCCUACAAGGAAGUGGGCUGGGUACAGCAGGUCCCCAACACCACCACCCUACCAGCCACACUGCCCUCUUCAGGGCCAUAGGACCCCUCCCGGCUCCCCCCUCCCUGGCAGCACUUUGGGCAGAAGGGCUGACUUCUGAAGACACUCCUUGACCUUCCAUUUCUGGGUGCCAAGGAAGCUGGAGGAACCCCUGACUGGACUUCCCGAAAGGAGGCCUUCAUCAUGGCUGUGGUCUCCCGCGUUACUGGGAGGUGGGGCUGGCUACCUGGAUGCUGAAUUUAGCAGAGGGGAACCCUUCUGCCUCGCAGCAGAGGGCACACCCUCCUUAGCUUUCACUGUCAAGAGAGGGACCUGGCAUGUGGCCGGUGGGAAGCGAGGACAAGCCUUUGAGUCACUUCAGAAAGGAACUAGCCCUGCUUCACUCUGCCUACCAGCAUGCAGGUUCUCCUCACCAUCUCUGAGCAUCGCGCACACACACGUCUACCAUAUACACAGAUAUAUUCUAUAUACGAUCUCUAUAUAAAUAUAUAUACACACACACGUACAUAUCUGUCGCGUGCACCUGCAGGCCCAGAAGCCUAGGCCUCGCACAGCUGUGGGAGACCCGGAAGAGUCCUGGCCGUACUUCAGGGCAGCUCUACCGGGAGCAGGGAGAAAGCUUGCAACAGCACGAGAGGGCGGGGCCGGGUGGGAGAGCCGGGGUGACUCAGCUCACCCCGCACAGCUCAGUGCCCUGCAAUCUUCCCUCUUCCGCCCCCCAAAAGAGAACACUUGGUUUGCCCGGUGUCGGGGCGCACACCUGUAAUCCCCGAGCUUGGGACGCAGAGGAAGGACAAUCUUUGCAAGUCUGAGGUCAGGUGGUCUACGCUUGGUCUCCAUCUUGGUGAGUUUCCGGCUAGCUGGGGUCGACUCAGGGAGACCCCGUGUCAAACAAAACAAGAAGCGAAGAGAAGAUCUGGCCCCCCUCCCCUCCCCAAGGGUUUGCCCGACUGACUUGCUCUGGAAAGGGGCACACCGAGAAUUCAGGAGACCCCAGUGGGGUGCUGGCCAGUGUAGGUGUCCGGCAUUUGGGGGUGGGGUGAGGGGCAGCUUCAGCGUGGAGCCCUAGAAUGUCAGCCUCACCCGCUCACUUCAGACAGCAGCCAGGCCACAGGACCAGGGGCCAUACUCAAACCCCUCAGCAGAGACCAGGGCCUCUCUCUCCUGCCCUCCUCGGGGGCCACCUGCCCAUCCUCUCCAACUAGUCUCCGUAACAUUCGCUGGGGACCCCGUGUGUACCCCUUGGUCACGUGUACUGUCCUGGAGGACGUCUUACUGCUGUGGCUACCGUGCCUGCGUCCCCUCUGGUCCCACCCUCACGCAGCCUUCCUGUAACUGCCUGUCUUUUUGUAGUUUCUGAUGUUUGUAACCAGACCCAGCUGUGUCAUUAAACAGGUCUGCUCUUCCUGUA